AUGGGCAACACUAUCGAGGGAGACCCCCGUGUCGGUCAGGUGGUCAUCACCGAGUUCUUCGAGGGCCUCAGCUUCGGCUUCAUCGAGUCCCUCAAUUACACUGAUGGUAGCAUGAAGAUCGAGAACGGACCUACCGUCCGCAUCAGCGAUCCCAACGGUGUCUUCUCUGUUGGGUAUGACGGUGCGCCGUUCAUGACGGCGGAUGAUCAAAGUCCCAGCAUCACUGCGUUUUCAGGGUUUCCUAUGUGUAUCCCCCGCAACGGUUCUGAUCCCUUGUGUCCGUUGAGCAAUCGGCCUACUGGCCGUCCCGGAAUCUUGUAA